GCUCAAGAGCUGCUUUCGCGCUUGGAAGCAGAGGACCUCUUGAAGCAGCUCGAGAACGAGGAGGAAAAUGCGCGUCGUGCCGCAGGCAAAAAGAAGGCCAAGAAGAACAAGGCUGCCGCCAGGGCCAAAGCCGGCGCGAAGAAGGGCCAAAAGGGCGAAGCACCCGUGGAGGUGCUGAAGGUCGCACUUCCCGGCACAGAGGCCGAUGCUGAGGACGACAAUGUGGAGAUCGAAGAAGAGGUCGCCUCCGAGCCUUCUGAGAUCAAGCUGGAGGAGGCUGACAAGAAGGAGUCUGAGGAGGAAUCGACGGAGAUGCACAGCUCCGACGGCCACGACACCCACAGCUCCUCCGCAGCUUCGGACGAGGAACGCUGUGGCAAGAAGGCUCAGGCAAUCAGCAUCGCAGAGGAGCGCGGCAAGAAGAAGAAGAUGGACCGAUUGCAGCGUGCCGAGGCCGUGCGCGAGGCCAAAGUGGAGGCCACCACCGAGGAAUCGUCAGCAUCCGCUGAUUCCUUCAACGGUGCUCUCGCCGGCGCGCAAAUUUUA